UAGCCCCUCCUCCGCGCCGGCUCUGGGUGGCUCGCUCGCCCUUCCACUUCCAGCGGGAACUGCCCGGCUCUCGGUUGCUGUCGGUGCCGCCGCCGCCGCCGCCUCCUUCUCCAGCGCUGGCUCUGGAAAAUGUCUGAGCGAGGCGGCUUCUAUAAGCAGGAACUGAACAAGACGGUGUGGGAGGUUCCGCAGCGCUACCAGCACCUGACCCCGGUGGGCUCGGGCGCGUACGGCUCCGUGUGUUCAGCCUAUGAUACCAAAACCAGACAGAAGGUGGCAGUGAAAAAGCUUUCAAGACCUUUCCAAUCCCUUAUUCAUGCCAGAAGGACGUACCGGGAACUUAGAUUACUCAAACAUAUGAAGCAUGAGAAUGUUAUAGGAUUACUAGAUGUUUUUACGCCUGCAACAUCCAUAGAAAAUUUUAAUGAAGUGUAUCUUGUUACAAAUUUAAUGGGUGCUGAUCUGAAUAACAUUGUGAAGUGCCAGAAGUUGACAGAUGACCAUAUACAGUUUCUUAUAUAUCAGUUACUUCGAGGACUUAAGUAUAUUCAUUCAGCUGGCAUCAUUCACCGGGACCUGAAGCCCAGUAACCUAGCUGUAAAUGAAGACUGUGAAUUAAGGAUCUUAGACUUUGGUUUAGCCCGGCAAACUGAUGACGAAAUGACAGGUUAUGUAGCAACUCGGUGGUACAGAGCUCCGGAAAUCAUGUUAAACUGGAUGCAUUAUAAUCAAACAGUGGACAUUUGGUCGGUUGGAUGCAUCAUGGCAGAGCUCCUAAAAGGGAAGGCCCUUUUCCCUGGAAACGACUAUAUUGAUCAACUAAAACGAAUAAUGGAAGUGGUUGGUACACCCAGUUCUGAACUUCUCAAGAAAAUCUCAUCAGAGCAUGCCAGAAAAUACAUAGAAUCGUUACCACAGAUGCCACAACAGGAUCUGAAAGCAGUAUUUCGUGGAGCCAACCCACUAGCUGUGGAUCUUCUUGAGAAAAUGUUAAUUCUGGACAGUGAUAAAAGAAUAACUGCUUCAGAAGCACUUGCACAUCCUUACUUUGUACAAUACCAUGAUCCUGAUGAUGAACCAGAAGCAGAACUGUAUGACGAAUCAAUAGAGAAUAAAGAACGCGUUAUAGAUGAAUGGAAAGAACUUACAUACGAAGAAGUGAUCAGCUUUAAACCACCUGAUUUAAAGAUGGAUAGUCUUGAAAUUGAACAAUAAAUCCAGACACCUUAUCUUUUUGCUAUGCUGUACUAUGAAGAUUAUUAAACACAUUGCGCUGCAAUUUAAUUUCACAUACCACAAGCAUAGAUUUUACUAUCCAAAGAUCUUGGGAAAGCUAUGGAAAAGCAGAUUAAAAAUACAGAAGAGAAUUGUAUCUGGGGUGCAUUCUGCCUUGUACUACGAAUGUAAUCAUUACAGAACAUUAAGAACUGCUUCAUUCUGACAAAUGAUGCACUGAAAUUUUCCUUUUUUAACCGUGUCUCCUCUGCAUGUCUCAUUUUAUCAGUUGCGAUGCCAAAAAGGGUGAUUUUUUAUCAUUUUGAAGUUGUACAGUUAAAGCAUGAAUGUAUGUUCAAGCAACAAUAGAAGUCCAUACAAGCAAUGUAUUGUUUUUAAGGAUUACCUUAAAUCUAUGUUUUGUUUUAUUUUUUCUUCUCUUCAUUUAUAGCUAGUGCCUUUAGGAAGAGGAGUCACUGUAGUGUGUUAGGCGUAAUAUAUACUUGUAGCUGUUUCAUGAACAUGAGUGAUUGAGGAAAAGGUGGAAGUCCGUCAAAUCAUCACUUUCUGAUACCAUUAAAAUCUGUCAUCAUUUUUCCUAUAGCUGUAGAAAAUUUCAGAGCACAGUUUGAUUAGUGAUUUAGCCCUAAAAUGGUCCACAGUGUCAGGUUCUAAUGAGUGGAGUUUUAUCUCCCCGCUAGAGCACUUUCUCUGUGAUUUUGGAGUGCCUGUCUUUCCCCUCCCCUAAGAAUAAACAAUUUUAAAAACAAA